CGCGUGGCCAAUCGGGGAGCGCUUCGUGGAGGACCGUCGCCCUUGUUCCUCGCGCCGCGCCUCUUGACGGCAGUAUAAGGGAAGCUUCGCAGGCAGCAAAGCGGCUCCCCGACGACAGCGGCUGGAAUCUUACAAUGGCAACUACACAGUCUGUCUUCAUAUUCGCACUUUGUAUUUUGAUGAUAACAGAAUUGAUCCUGGCUGCAGAGAGUUAUUAUGAUGUUCUAGGCAUUCCCAAAAAUGCAUCUGAUCGUCAGAUCAAGAAGGCAUUUCAUAAAUUAGCAAUGAAAUACCACCCAGACAAAAAUAAAAGUCCUGGGGCAGAAGCAAAAUUCCGGGAAAUUGCAGAAGCUUAUGAAACAUUGUCUGAUGAAAAUAAACGAAGAGAAUAUGACCAAUUUGGCCAUGUAGAAGGGCGAAGAAACACUUUCCAACAUCCAUUUAAUUUCAAUUUUGAUGACUUGUUUAAAGACUUCGACUUUUUUGGUCGUAAUGGCAACACGCAGUCAAAGAAACAUUUUGAAAAUCACUUCCAGAAUCAUCAGCAGACAAGUACCCGGCAAAGACGUUCUUUCCCAGAAUUUUCAUUUGGAGGAGCAGGAAUGUUUGAUGACAUGUUUGAAGACAUGGAGAAAAUGUUUUCAUUUAGUGAGUUUGACAAUGCUCAGAGGCACACAAUGAGAACUGAAAAUAAAUUCCAUGGAUCUAGUAAGCACUGCAGAACUGUCACACAGCGUCGAGGAAACAUGGUUACUACAUUCACAGACUGUUCUGGACAAUAAUACUUUGCAGUUUCUUGGUCUCUGCCCUGCCCAUAACUAUUUCUUUUUAUCCUUUGCUGCUAAAGCACAGAUAUUCUACAAACUGUGAGAUUUAUAGCUUAAUCACUUUAACUGCUAAGAAUAAGCUGUAGCUAAACUGAUAAUUGCCAGAAGUGCAACAAAACAAGAUGGGACGAUAUUAACUUAUUCCAUUUGCUACAUAGAAUGUCCAUAUGGGGGAGGGGGGAAUCUCCAUAUGACAGUGUUAGAUUCUAUUUUUAAUAACAUAGAAGCAAGAUUACCAUAUUACCUCACUGUUAGGUUUUACUCUGCUUGGUGAAGUGUUGAGUUAGUGGUACACUAGACAUAAUUACUGUCAGGUUCCUGUUUCUUUAAAGUGUUAACCUGUUGAGUGCUUGUGUGAUGCUCUUAAUUAGCAUAAUGUUUACUUAAUGAUAAUCCUGAGUUUUGUAAGUUGCCAGGAGUGACUUUAAAAUACUGUAAAACAUUAAAAAUUUUAAUUUAUGUUUGAAUUGAGGAAAAAAUUGCCCUACAACUAUUGGUAGUCUUUGAGUACAAAAUAUUUCAGUGACUGGCAGAAUCCUUGCCACAUCACACUGUUGCUGAAUAAUCCAGCUGCUCUUAAAUCACUAUUAGCCUGUUAGUUUCAUUGAGUUCCCUCAGUGAUUGUGUAAACAAAAUUGUAAUUUCAGAUUCACCAGUUAAAACAAAGAUAAAUGAGCACAAAACCCAUCUGAUUUUGGCCUACUCACUCGGUUUAAAAUAAAAAGUGCCCAUCUCAUGAGUGGAUCUCAUUUCCCUUCUGGUCCCAGCUUUGGUCGCUUGCAGGCUGGGAAAUAGUUAUUCUUGCAUUUUCAUAGAACCUUGUCUGUGUUCCUGUAUGUUAAUAUGUCUUCUGGAUAUUUCACUGACUAUGGAAGCUAUUUGUUUCUUAGCUGUAAGUGGCGUCAGUUCAGGUCCCUGCAGGUGGUUCAGCAUGCACCGUGUCUGUCUCAUGAUCACAGGAUGAGCUGAAACACUGCCCUGCUGCAGUGGCAAAGAGCAGGUAGUGAUCUGGCAGGUGUGCCACAAGAGUAGGUUGAUUUAAAUCAAAGGAAUUUAAACCAUUGAUUUGAAUUAAGUUUCGCACUGGAAUGUUUUCAUAUUUUAUGAGCAAUGGUGCAGACCUUACCAUUAAGCCAUGUUAAUUUAUAGUUUUGGUUCACUGUAUCUAUUUUGCAUGUUUUCUUUUACUUAUAGAAAGCAGGUCUUUUAAACAUUUCCCUGUAGGGACUGUCUUAUGACCAGCACCCAUGACUGUUUCACAUUAAGCAGCACAAUCCUAUACAUGCUUUCACAAAUAAAUUUCAUUGAGUUCAA